AUGACUAAUAACAAUACGCUGUUUCGUGGCUUGAUGCAGAAACCGUACGAGCCCACGUUCGUACCGAAGGGAGAUGGUAAGCUGUACUACGAUCUGCCGGAUGCAUACCUGACGGACCAGUACCGCCCGUAUGGACCCUCGAUACAGAAUCGCUUCGGCACCAACGCGGAACAGCGUGUGCCGUUCCCAAACAUUACCCCACCGAACCUAGCGUUUGCGGAUGUUGUAAGUCGUAGAGGUGUGUUUUCGGUGUUCAAUGCCGGCCAUCGGCGGGCCGCUGGGCAGCUGAUACAACUGUUUCUCGAUCAACCCAACCCGACCGCGCUGAGUGCAAUGGCGGCAUACGUGCGUGAUCGCGUCAAUGCGCCAAUGUUUCAGUAUGCGCUUGCGAUCGCACUAAUUCACCGCGACGAUACGCGAGACGUGGAGAUUCCGAGCUUUUUGGAGCUGUUCCCGGACCGUUUCGUUGAUCCGGCCGUAUUUCCGCAGCUGCGCGAGGAAAGCAAUCUGUUGGAUCGGGGUAGCAGACGGGCCAUCGACAUCCCGUCCAACUACACCGCAUCGGACCGGAUUGAUGAGCAGCGGGUGGCGUACUGGCGGGAAGACAUCGGCCUUAGUUUGCACCAUUGGCACUGGCAUCUGGUGUACCCGUCGACGGGUCCGGACCGGGUUGUGCGGAAGGAUCGCCGGGGUGAGCUGUUCUACCAUAUGCAUCAGCAGACGAUUGCCCGGUACAACAUCGAACGGUUCGCGAACGGGUUGCCGCGGACACGGUCGUUCAGCCAGCUGAGGGAACCCAUCCCGGAGGCUUACUUCCCGAAGAUUGUGCGCAGUUCCGACGGGCGGGCCUAUUCGUGCCGCUAUCCGAAUCAAUUGAUGCAGGAUGUGAAUCGAACUGAGGAUGAGGCGACGAUCCGAUUGGCGGAUUUGGACGUCUCCAUAAAGCGUAUUUUUGAAGCAAUCGACAAUGGGGUCGCUCAGACGGCGAAUGGAGAUCGCAUUCCACUGGACAACAACAAGGGAAUUGAUAUCCUCGGGGAUAUGCUGGAGGCAAGCACCAUUUCAAUCAAUUUCAACUACUACGGCGAUUACCACCAGAACGGGCACGUCAUGCUGGGGUACAUCCACGAUCCGGAUAAUUCUUACCUGGAGGGCGUCGGUGUUAUGGGCGACCUAACCACAACCAUGCGUGAUCCACUGUUCUAUCGCUGGCAUCAGCACAUCGACGACAUCUUCGUGCGCCACAAACAACGACUGCCAGCGUACACAGACGCUGAUCUUGCAUUCAACGACAUUACGGUGGAUUCCUUCGAGGUGCAGCUGAACAAAGCGAACGCACCGAAGAACGUGCUGCUCACCUUCUGGCAGCGGUCACAGUUUGAUCUCGGCACGGGGUUAGAUUUCGUGCCGGAGGGCAAUCUGUUCGUGACGUUCACCCACAUCCAGCACGCACCGUUCAGCUACCGGAUACAGGCGAACAACAGCAGCGGUAGUAUGCGGCGUGGCACUGUUCGUUUGUUUCUGGGACCGAAAGCGAACGAACGCGGGCAGGUGUUGCCCUUCCGUGAUCAGCGUCGUCACAUGGUGGAGGUGGAUAAAUUCACAGUUGACUUACGGCCCGGACAGAACUCCAUCGUCAGACGUUCCGAUCAAUCGAAUCUAACCAUCCCGUACGAACGGACGUUCCGGAACAUAGCCGCAUCGAGCCAACCGGGGACGGAGGUGUUCCAGUUUUGCAAUUGCGGAUGGCCAUCCCACAUGCUGCUACCGAAAGGCUCGGCAGGCGGUCUGGAGUAUGAUUUUUUCGUCAUGAUUUCCAACUACAACCAGGACCGCGUGGAAGAGUUUAAUGAAAACGAUAACUGCAACGAUGCGCACAUGUUUUGCGGUUUGCGUGGUCGUCGCUUUCCCGACGCCCGCAGCAUGGGCUACCCGUUCGAUCGGUUCACACCGAGCACCGUCGGCAGCUUGCAGGACUUUACGCGCCCGUACGGCAAUAUGGCUGUGACACCCGUGUCGAUUCGCUUCACAAACACCGUCAUUGCACGCACUUGA